UGUGCGGGGCGGGGGGCAAGAUGGCGGCGGCGCGCGGGCUGCUGGCGGCCGGGCUGUUCCGCGGGCGGGUGGCUAUCGUCACCGGCGGCGGCACCGGCAUCGGCAAGGCCAUCGCCGCCGACUUGCUGGCACUAGGUUGCAGUGUUGUUAUUGCCUCUCGUAAAUUUGAUCGAUUAAAAGCUGCUGCAGAAGAACUGAAUAAUACAUUUUCUUCCAUGAGGCCUGCCAAAGUGACUCCCAUACAGUGCAAUAUUCGCAAAGAAGAUGAGGUAGAAGCUUUGGUGAAGUCUACGCUGAGUCUGCAUGGGAAGAUUGACUUCCUGGUGAAUAAUGGAGGAGGCCAAUUUGCAAGUCUUUCUGAAGCCAUUAGUGCAAAAGGCUGGAAUGCUGUGAUAGACACGAAUCUUACAGGGACCUUCUACUGCUGCAAAGCAGUGUACAAUGCCUGGAUGCAGGAACAUGGAGGAGUCAUUGUCAACAUUACUGCUGCCGUGAGAAAUGGGUUUCCUGGAAUGUCGCAUACAGGAGCUGCAAGAGCUGCAGUGAAUAACCUAACCAAGACUUUAGCUUUAGAAUGGGCCCACAGCGGAGUAAGAAUCAACAGUGUUGCUCCUGGAUUAGUAUUUUCAGAAACUGCUGUUGCAAACUAUGGAGAACAAGGUACAGCAAUGUGGUUAAAGAGCAUACCAAAGGUUCCUGCCAAGAGGUCAGCGGUUCCUGAAGAGAUCUCUCCUGCAGUAUGUUUCCUACUAUCUCCAGCUGCUUCUUACAUAACUGGGAUAACUAUGGUCGUGGAUGGCGGCCAGAGUUUAUAUAGCCAUGCCCUAGAAAUACCUGAUCAUGACAGAUGGCCUUCACCACCAGAAGGAAAAAAUUCUGAAAUGCUUAAAAAGGUUCUUUCUGGCAAGUUCAAGCCAAAGCUGUAAAAUAAUGAGAUUUCAUCUUAUUCCCAGUUUUACUCUUGCUGAUAAUCAUACUUUGUGAUUUGGGAUUAUUAUUCUCAGUAAUAUAAUCCUUUUGCUCAUACAUUGAGUGCCUUGAUUGUCAUUGGUUUAUAUUUAAAACUCGAAAGGCUGUACAUAGCAAACUUCUUGGAAAACACUCAGUGCCCUGAAAACAUUCAGUUUCUUUGGAAGGAGAGGUAUAAAAGACACAUUCUCUAUUUGCACAGGCAUGAAGUAAUGAAGAAUCUCAGUCCAAAGUGAAUAAAAAAAAAAUACUUAUUUUGAAGUGAAGGGGGCAGUCAAGGAACAUUUCAGAAUUCUCCUAUUGUGGAUGAAUUUGGGGAGAAGGUAAUUUAGAUCUCUGUUAUUAGUUGCAUCGGUAACCCUUGAGGUAGCUGUUAGCUCUACACUAUCCCUGUUCAGCCACACACUGAGUGCUCAACAGCUAUUUUAAAUACUAAGUAGAGUAGGUAUUUCUCUGAAAAGGAUUAAAAAUAAGGCAGAAUACUGUUAUUAAUGUUUCAAACUAAUACGGCAUAUCAUAUUGGGAAUAUUUUGAAUUGUUUGCAGGUAUAACGACAUAAUGGAGUUAAGCUGGCUGCAAAUUAAAUUUGAUAAUAGAAAAAUCAGAUAAUAAACUUAAGGUUGAACAUACAGUGAUGGAAAACAGUAUAGAUUCAACAAUUUAACAUGCAAAAUCUUGAAGCAAAAGGUAUGGUGUAUAUUGCAGUGCUUUCUGUAGUAUGCUAUUCCGUUAAAGGAGAAAUUUGGAAUCCUUCAUUCGCCAGUGUUCAUUUACCAUUACCAUUAAAAUGCUUUUUAUCCAUG